AUGCUUUCUUCUUAUAUUGAAGAAAAGUUGAAUGAUAUACAUAUUGAUAAACAUGACGUAAAUCAAGAUGAAAAACAACUUUCUUUACAUAGAACAUAUAAAUUUUUUGAUAAUUUUUCUUCUGGUUUUGUGGCAUUAUACUUUAUUGGUGCUGUAAGAGUGGUAUUUACUACUGGUCUUCUUGCAGGUGGACCGCAAGCAUUUUGGAUUAGUUAUCUCCUUUCAUGUUUUGGUAUGCUUAUUACUGCUGCCGUUAUGGCAGAAUCUUGUUCUGCGCUUCCUGUAUCUGGUUCACUUUAUUUAUGGGCUUCUCACUAUGCUAGCCCAAAAUAUACUAGAUUGGUUGGCUUUAUUGUAGCAUGGUGGUCCGUUAGUGCAUGGACAACUUUUAUUGCGGGUAAUAUUCAAAGUGCUGCUAAUUUUUUUUUGUCUGAGCUUGCUGUUUUUCAUGUGGAUUUUCCAACAUCUACAAGUGUUUUUAAAUUUAGGGUCGUCCAAUGGCUUCUUAGUGAAGUUUUAUUAGCUUUAUCUGUUUCGUUUAAUUAUCUUAAACCACACUUGUUUAAAUAUAUACUUCGUGCAUCAUGUAUAAUUAUUAUUUUGGACUUUUUUUUAAAUAUAAUUUGGUUACCUAUUGGAGUUUCGAAAACAUAUGGAUUUCAGGAUAAAAGUUUUCUUAUGAAAACAUAUAAUGGUACAGGCGCUGUUUCUGUAUGGAACUGGUGUUUGUCUUUUCUUUCAACUGCUAGUUUAAUUGUUGGUUUUGAUGCACCGGGGCAUAUAGCAGAAGAAACCGAGAAUGCUAGUCUAAAUGCCGCACGAGGUGUUUUUACUAGCGCUCUUUUGAGUGGAUUAUUGGGUCUUCCUUCUGUUUUUCUUUUUCUUUUUUGUUCGCCCAGCCUAAAUAAUUUGUUCGCUUUAGAUGCUCCUCAACCAUUUGUACAGUUUUAUGUAUUGUCCCUUGGCAAAAAAGGACAUAUAUUUUUAAAUAUUGUUAUUAUUCUUGGGCAUCUUUUAAAUACAACUGUGGCUAUUUUGGCUUCUUCGAGGUUAGCAUAUGCUAUUGCUCGUGAUGGUGUUCUUUUUUUAUCAGGUUGGGUUUCUAAAAUAGAUGUUCAGCGUCAACCGAGGAAUUCUGUGACAUUGAUUUGGAUUGCAUCUUCUAUUAUUCUGUGUACAAUACUUUUUAGUCAAGUGGCAUUUACAAGUUUUAUUAGUGCAAUGACUCUUCCUACUGUAUGUUCAUAUGGGUUGAUAGCAUUUUUACGUUUAUUAUCUAAAACAGAUAAAAGUUUACAAGUCAAGUGGUCUCUUGGAAAACUAUCUAAGUUAUUUCAGAUUAUUACUUUGAUAUGGUGUACUUUUGUUGUUGUCGUUUUGUCAUCACCUUGUCAGUUUCCUUUAUCAGCUUUAACUUUUAAUUAUGCCCCGGUAAUGCUUAUUAUAAUUACAUGUUGUGCUUUGGUGAUGUGGUGGGUAACUCCUGAAGAUUCUUGGCUUGUUCGAAAUAUUUCUAAAUAA